AUGGAUCACUCCCGCGACCCUUGUCCAUAUGUCGCCCUGAGCGAUUUCGGUGGUGCUUUCUGCAUGGGUGCGAUCGGAGGUGCCGUCUGGCACGGUAUCAAAGGCUUCCGCAAUAGUCCAUACGGCGAGCGUCGGAUAGGCGCCCUCACAGCCAUCAAGGCUCGCGCUCCCGUUCUGGGUGGUAACUUCGGUGUUUGGGGUGGUCUUUUCAGCACAUACGAUUGCGCUAUCAAGGGCAUUCGCAAAACAGAAGAUCCCUGGAACGCUAUCGGUGCCGGUUUCCUGACCGGUGGCUCCCUCGCCGUCCGUGGUGGUGUCAAGGCUGCCCGCAACUCAGCAAUCAUGUGCGCUGUCUUCUUGGCCGUCAUUGAAGGUGUUGGUAUCGGCUUCCAGCGCAUGAUGGCCGAUAACACAAAGCUCGAGCUUCCUCCCCUUCCUCCCUCCGAACAAAAGGCACUUGCUUAA